AAAUAUCUGCAGGCCUCAGAUUUCCUACAAAAUGUUGUGUAUAUUAAUCUACAGACUUCAGAUGAAGAUAAGAUAAACCGUUACUGUACCCUGUCCCAGCUGUACUCCCAGAUUGGGUUCCAACGGAAGGCCUCCUUCUUUAAACGAAUCGCAGCAAUGCAGUGUGUGUCGCCACAGAAUCCUCAGCCAAACUGGAAACUGUGUCAUAGCCUUGUAAUGCAGUGUCUGGAUGGUUACAGCAUCUGUGUGGAUCCAAAGGAUAUCCCAACAGGCUGUGUUUAUGGCUGGCCUGUUCUACAGGCGAGAGUGUUGAAUGAACUUAUCUUCUCCGCCCGUCGUACUGGUAACAUUCCUGUGGCCAUCAGGCAUCUGAGUCUAUUACUACACACCCUGUUUGAUACUCUGACCACUCAAGAUAAACGAGACAUUAUAAACACCCUCCAGACCCUCACAGCAAAGUCUGAGGGCACGAUGGCCGCCCUCGCCCUCGACAGUGGAGUCAUACUGCCCCCAAUACCACUCAGUAAUAUACCACAAGUCAGGUCUUUCAAAUUAAUACCACUCCAGCCACACCUACAGCCGGUGAAGAUAGCCUCCAAGGUGGAGAAGCUGGAUACUGGACCCUUUAUCUUCACCCCGCUAUCCCUUGGGCAGACAGAUGUUCAGAAUAAAACACACGCUGACUUCUGUUGGGUGGAACAUGAUAUGUGUGAAGUGCAGCUUCAGGUAUAUAACCCACUUCCUGAUGAGCUCAGUAUACAACAAAUGUCGUUGAUGACAGAUGGAGUUGAAAUAGAGGCUUACCCUACAAAUCCUACUAUACCUGCCGAGUCCGGUCCAAAUCUAGUCAAAAUACUCAGUCGUCCUCGAUCUUCAGGCGACCUCCGUAUCCUUGGUUACACAACUCACUUGCUUGGGAUGCGAAGUCAGUGUCGCCUCCGUGAUCUACCUGACCUUCGGAAUCUGCGGACAACAGUGACCGUAAUCCCCGCCCUCCCUCAGAUUACACUCACUGCUUCACUUCCAAAGGUCGCGACCUUUACCUCUGUUGGUGAUGGUGCUAAUGUUGUUACAAGUGGAACAACCUCCAUCUAUGCAGGUCAAAGUAAGGAGUGUAUGAUCACAGUUCGGAAUACCAGUAACCAGCCUGUUGAGAAGAUUUCAGUCAGCCUUGAUUGUCAUCCCGACCAGAAAGAGCUGCAGUCGAAAGUGUUUCAGUGGAGUCAGGAGAACCUGGAUGCUCAGCUUCCUCUCCAGCCAUCAGGCCUUGUCUGUUUUACUGUGUGUAUCUACGGCAAUUCAGACUUCCUGUCCAGCAAAAGUGUCCGAAGCGGAUCCCAGUCUUCAGAACACUCCAAUCCUGACGAGUAUGAAUCUGUG